AUGGGCGGAGGGAACGAAACGGGGACAGAUUUCUUUCUCCUGGGGCUCUUCCCGGAGCUGCAGUACAUCGGCAUCCUCAUGGUUUCCAUCCUUCUGGUCUACGUCAUGGCCUUCGCUGGGAACGCCGUCCUCAUGCUCCUGAUCUGGGUGGACUCGCACCUCCACACCCCCAUGUACAUUCUCCUCAGCCACCUUGCCCUCAUUGACCUGGCUUUGAUUUCCACCACAGUCCCCAAGACAGUCAUCAACUUUUUUUCUGGGAAGAGGAACAUUUCCCAAGUUGCCUGUGGAGCCCAGAUCUUCUUCUUCUUUGCCCUCGGUGGUGGUGAGUGUCUCCUGUUGACCCUCAUGUCGUAUGACCGCUAUGUGGCCAUCUGCCACCCCCUGAGAUACCCGAUCAUCAUGAGCUCCAGAGUCUGUCUGCAGAUGGCCCUCCUGUCCUGGGGUGGAGGCGUCCUGAAUUCUCUCAUCAAUACCAUCCACACCAUGCGUUUCUCCUUCUGCAGCUCCAGGGAAAUCCACCACUUCUUCUGCGAGAUGCCUGCCCUCCUGAAACUGUCUUGUGAGGACACCUCCUUGUACGAAACAGUGGUGUCCGUCAUCUGCAUCGUGUUUGUUCUUCUUCCCUUAGGACUCAUCUCAUCUUCCUAUGUGCUCAUCUUCCUCACAGUCCUUCGAAUGAAUUCCCCAGAGGGCAGGAGGAAGGCGCUGGCCACCUGUUCCUCCCACCUGGCUGUGGUGAGCCUCUACUAUGGGCCAGCCACGGUCAUCUACAUGACGCCCCGCUCACUUCACACACCAGAGCAGGAUGAAGUACUCUCCAUGGUCAAUACCAUCUUCACGCCCAUGCUCAACCCACUCAUUUACAGUCUGAGAAACAAGGAGGUGCUGGCUGCUCUGAGAAAAGUGAUGAGUCAAAGAAUCAUUUUCAGGUAG